CAAACUGCGAUACGCUGAGAGUCCAACAUCCGAGAGAGUUUGGCUCUGGGUAACCCAGGUCGUGUGACCUUUCCCCUCCAUUCUGCACCUCUAGCUGCCCGACUGGGUGAGAAGCCGGCGGUUGGGCGCCUUUGUCGCUCCCUCCCGAUCCCCGGUCGUCCCCCUCCGGCCCCUCCGUGCUUCUCGUCAUGGCGGCCCUCAGCAAGUCCAUCCCUCAUAACUGCUACGAGAUCGGCCACACUUGGAACCCUUCCUGCAUGGUUUCCUUCCUACAGAUCACUUGGGGCGCCCUGGAGGAGUCCCUGAAGAUCUAUGCCCCUCUGUACUUGAUUGCUGCAAUUCUCCGGAAACGAAAAAUUGACUAUUAUUUAUACAAACUACUCCCUGAGAUCCUACAAUCUGCUUCAUUUCUGACUGCUAAUGGGGCCUUCUAUAUUACUUUCUUUUGCCUUUUAAGGAAGAUACUUGGGAAAUUUUACUCAUGGACUCCUGGCUUUGGUGCCGCCUUACCAGCAUCUUACAUGGCCAUUCUAAUUGAAAGGAAAAGCAGGAGAGGGCUGCUCACAAUUUAUAUGGCCAAUCUGGCCACAGAAACGCUAUUUAGAAUGGGUGUGGCAAGAGGAACCAUUACAACAUUAAGGAAUGGAGAAGUCCUUUUGUUCUGCAUCACGGCGGCCAUGUAUAUGUUCUUUUUCAGGUGCAAAGAUGGUUUGAAAGGAUUUACAUUUUCGGCACUUAGGUUCAUUGUGGGUAAGGAAGAAAUUCCCACACAUUCUUAUUCACCAGAGACAGCAUAUGCAAAAGUGGAACAAAGGAGAGAGGAACAUAAGGAAAAACCAAGAAGAAUGAAUAUAAUCACUCUAAUUAGAAAAUUUGUGGACUCAGUGUGCAAGCAUGGACCAAGACAUAGAUGUUGUAAACACUAUGAAGAUAAUUGCAUCUCUUACUGCAUUAAAGGUUUUAUCAGAAUGUUUAGUGUGGGAUAUUUGAUCCAGUGCUGCCUCAGAAUCCCCUCUGCAUUUAGGCAUCUGUUUACACAGCCAUCCCGACUACUUUCCCUGUUCUACAACAAAGAAAACUUUCAGCUUGGAGCUUUUCUUGGCUCUUUUGUUAGUAUAUACAAGGGUACUAGUUGCUUCUUGCGCUGGAUCAGAAAUCUGGAUGAUGAACUACAUGCUAUUGUAGCUGGAUUUUUGGCAGGUAUAUCAAUGAUGUUUUAUAAAAGCACAACAAUUUCCAUGUAUUUAGCUUCCAAAUUGGUGGAGACAAUAUAUUUCAAAGGAAUUCAAGCAGGGAAGGUUCCCUAUUUUCCUCAUGCAGAUACUAUCAUUUACUCUAUCUCUACAGCAAUUUGUUUCCAUGCAGCCGUAAUGGAAGUUCAGAACUUGCGACCAUCUUACUGGAAGUUCCUUUUAAGGCUCACUAAGGGAAGAUUUGCUGUAAUGAAUCGAAAAGUCCUUGAUGUUUUUGGUACAGAUGCAUCUAAAUAUUUUCAGGAUUUCACCCCCAGAUUGGAUCCAAGAUACACAGUUGAAACACCAGAAUUACCCAUAGAGUUUUCUUGAAGACGACUAUAAGUUAUUAAUGUGACUAUACGUCUCAUCAUUUUAUUUUGAAGAGUUAAUUAUGUUUAACACGAAGAAGGGGGCCCAAGCUCAAACUUCAGUGUUACUUCAUUUGGAGAUUUUUGUUGUUAUUGAUGUUUUAUUACCAAUCAGAAAUACAGAAGCUUUUUUAGGAAGGUGUUGCUUAAUAAUUAAGCUUCCUCUAUAGCCAGAAUCUAAUUCUGAAUCACAAUAGUGAUUAACAUUAUGAUGUUAUUAUUGAUUAAAUUAUGUCCACAAAAUAUUGAGUGAUAUAUGUAGAGUACACUUAAAAUUACUUUAAAAGAUACCAUUGUUUCAUUCCAAUGUAAUUCCUGGUUAAAACUAAGAAUGUUUCUACAUGUUAGGAUUUACAAAGGGUCAUGGGUACAUGAAUUUGGUCUUUAUCUUUUUAAUUUGAAUUGUUACUUGUAAAGGUGGAAUAUUAGCUUUGAAAGAAUCUUCAUGGGCAAUGCUGCUUUAGUACAGAGCAAUGUAAUUGGAGAAAGCAGCCACUUAUAUUUCAGGGAUGUAAAAAUGGAUCUCACCCAUAUAGGUGAAUGUUGUUAUAUCCGUGCUCUUUAUGUCAAUUGAUAUGACCAUCUCUCCCUACCAGAUAAACUGUUUGUUGGCCCAGUGAACCUACAUAUUAAUGAGUUAGGAACAAAUGGAAAUCUACACAUCUGAUACAGUUAAAAUGUAUGUUUUAAUCUUUUACAAUAGGAUUACACUUGAAUAUUUAAAAACAAAUCUUUUAAACCUAUAGAAAUAUUAUAUUUUUUUCAUUUAUAGAGACUGAAUUCUUUAUUGUUCAGUUUGUGUGCUAUUGUUGUUUUGGAAGACAUCAGAGUCCUAUAGGUUGAAACAAUUUUUGGCAAGUUUAGCAGUUUGUACCUUCACAUCUGUUUCUCCUAAACAAUGGAUAUUUUACAACUAAAAAUAAUAUUCAAAUCCAGUGGUUAUUAAAAAGUGUUAUAUUGUUAAUUAGAUUCGUGUUCUCCAGUUUACUUUUCAGAAAUCACUGUCAUUCUUUUUACUCUGAUUAAAGAAGCAAUAAAAUAGUCACUGCUGAUUAUAAAGUAAUUCAGAAAGCUGAUUGAAGUAUGAUAACUAUUUCAAGUUUUUCAGGGAGAGGUUAUGUAUCUCUAAAUAAGAAACUAAAAUGGUUGUAAUGUCUACAGUUAAGGUAACAUAUAAGAAAGGUGGUAUUUUUAAAAAUAGAUUUUGUUGCUAAAUUUUAGGCCAUUGUAAAUUCAGUACAAUUUGUGUUACAGCAGGAAUUGUAAUCCAGGUGUUAAAAGUGUUUAAUCUCAUAUUUGAUUUCAUCAAGCAUUGCAUACUGCGGUUUGUGUGCAGUCUUAUCCUUGGUUGCUAUGGCAAGUUGAAAUCCAACAAAAAGACAAACUCCAGUAUUUGGUAACAAAGAGCUGCUUUUUGUCAAAAUUUCAUGUUGUGAUUGACUUUUUAGAGUAGAAUUGUCUCUGUGGCAAUACUGUUAAAAGAUCAUUUUGGUUUCAGACUUCAACUUUGAUAAAUAAGUAUAAUUUUAAGUUUUCACUGGAAUCAAAAUGAUGAUUGGUGCUGUGUUUACUUUUUUUAAAUGAAGUAUUAAAGCACUGAAAAAGCACAGCUACCUGCACCUCAUUUUUUUUCUGUUCAGAAUUUAUGUUUAUAAUAUUUUUCCUCUUAGGUUAAAAACACAUUUCAAUCCAUAAGUUAUUAUUUUCAUUGACAUUUCAUUGACAUUUUCAUUGACAUUGUGAUAUUGAAAGACAAUUUCUGUAAGAUUGCAUAGUAAAAACCUGCUGGUCAAAAACUGCAUUUCUAUGAGAUUUUUUUUAUCAGAUUGUACUUAGUUUUUUUUAUUUUAUGUAAAAUGACCAUUAAUGAAGACAGCUGUAGAGAAUGUUUAGCUUGAAUGGGUACUUAGCUAGUUUCAGGGGUGAAUCAAGAAGUUCAGUUUGAUCUCACUAGGACAAAUUUCUAGCAAACAAGAAAAAAUCGUAUUCCUGAAAGACAAAGUGAAUCUUUCUACCUCUUUUCAGGGAUUGAUUGUCAGUUAGUUGGCCUCAGAAAUAAAGUGAAAUAGCUGUCUCCCUUCCAAAACACAUCAUUAAGUUUAUUUAAAUUGUGAAGAAAUCAUAUCUGGUAAGUUUUCACCAAAAAUGGUGGUAAUAAACAGUAACUUGCCCCUUAAUCUUUCUAGCAUCUCUAUGUGAACUGAAAACAGCGCAUUUAAAGCAACAGUAUUGAGCUCGUUUUCUUGUAGUUUUUGUAUUAAUAAAAUCCAACAGCCAGUACCAAUCAAGAUUGAGAUCAGAAAAUAAUAAAUUAUCCUAAUUGUAUUAGAUUUUUACAAGUUUUUAUUAGCUACUUUCAGUACCACUCAUUUCUGAAGUAUCUUUGCUUCUUUUUUUUUCAUAAAUUCAAUAUUGAUUCUGUAAUUUUUUUCACGAUACCUACUUUUUUCUUUGUUUAUUGUUUGAUCAGUUGUUGCUUAAUUUAUAAUUUUAUCAAUUUAUGUUUGCUGUCAGAUUUUAUAAUCCUCUUUUAUCCAAAAUGAACAUAUAUUUUAUGAUACAACCCAGAAUUGUUGGGUUGUAUGGGUUACACAGUAUUUUCUGGUUGCAACCGAGUAUACAUCUCCCUGUAGAUUCUAAACUGUCAUUUGACCUAGAUAAUAAUGCCCUACCCACCAACCCCAAGUUCUACUUGUUUUGUAUCGUAUUCCCAAGUUUCAAACUCCAUUGCUGGUGGAUAGGUAAUAAAAGUGUCUUUAAUGCUCAAGGAACUUUAACACCAGUGUCAAAUCCCUCCUGUGGUGGUGGUUGAGAGGCCUCUUGGCAGCAAGGAAGUGCCCACUGGGAACAAGAACCCAGAUGUUCUUGAUGUGUUUGGAGCAGAGAAGCCAGCAACUCAAGAGAUUCAUUUAAUUCUGCUUAUGAUUUAUUUUCAUACAAAUCUCAAGUAGUUUGAUACAGCAACAAAGUUGUUCUUCACUCCAUAAAAGCAAAAGUACUCAUUUCUAAAUUGUGGCCUUGUUCACUUAAUAAACUUUAUCUCUCUUAACUCCUUGA